AUGCUAGUAACACUCUCCGUAAACUCUGUGAUGUCAUCUACAGGAAUAUUGUCAGUGCAGAUGAGUUGAAGCACUGGCAAGUGUAUGUAACACGAUGUGGAGAAAUGCCAGCGGGUGAAAAGGUGUUCCUAUGUCUCACAAGGUCCGCCCUCAUUGUCGUAUAUAAUUACCAUAUUCUCCAUUAUCACCAGUACUUCUCCAGUCAAAUCAGUGUAAAAUGUACACCAGUCAACAAUGAUAUAGAGUUUACUGUGAACGAUAAAACAUUGUUAUCUGAUAAUAAUGCCACAGACAAUUUCUUAUUGUUUAAGACAUUUAGCUUUAAAACAACCCAGUGUGAGAACAUUGAGAAGAGUUUUAAAAACCUGGUGCGUAAAUCUUUGUUAUACCCCCAUGGACCGAGUGCGCAUUUCAAUAUUCGGCAUAGUGAAUUAAGUGCGUCUGCUGCACCUGGAACUACUUCAGACAAUGUGAUGAUAAUACCUCAUCAUAAAUUCUGGAAUGAUAAUAAUAAUUCUGGUUCGACAUCUGGUAGUAAUGGAUGGCCUUCAAGUGGUAAAAUGGACAAUGUUGUGACCUUCCAUAAACCGACACCUCAUAAACCGGUAGAAGAGUUAUUGCCGCAUCGGACCGCAAGUAGUAACGGUAGCAUUCCCGGCUUUGACAAUUCAGCAGGUGUGUUUGAGUCACAUGCUGAAGUAAACAGAUUGGCUGAAAGGCCAAAGGAUUUGACUUUACAUAAGAGAGGUUCAGGGGGAAAUGUAGUAGACGGCAAUAUAAAGGAAGCUGUUUCUACUUCAGAUAACGUACAUGUUGAAGAUAGUCAUAUGUUAAAAACAACUGAAGAAAAACACAUAUCAGAGACCAGUCCAAAACAACAUACAUUGUCAAAAGAAAUUUUUGACUCAGACCCUGGCCACUUUAGCAGUCACCAUGGGCAUUCCCCUUUAAAAGCAGUUGCAAGUGGAAGCAACUUUGACCAACUUUCACCGGAGGAAUUAGGUUUGGAUAACUUAAGUUAUUUUCCAGACCAUGAGGAGACAGCUCUAUCAUUUUUCUCUGUUGAAGAGGCAGACAGUCUUCCACCCCCACCCCCUUGCACCUCAUUCUCACACCCAUUUGCUGAAUUUCACCACAGACCUGCUCCACAGCCUUCCCUAGAUUCAAUAGUUGAAGACAAGUUAGCAGUUCUUGAAGAUUUAGAGAUUCCAGAACGUCAGCCUCUUCGCGGCCUUUUACGGUCACACAGUUAUCAGAACUUGAAUGAGGAGGAAGAUGGUGCGGUGCACCAGUACAUAAAUAUUGCACAAGAAAUGAGUUCAAGAAACAGCGUACAUGAUGACUUUCCAUACUACAGAUUUUAUUACAACGUAGGAAUGAUACGCGUCAUGUACGCUAGAAUGAGCAAGAAAUUGAAGCGUCGGAAUCGUCUGAGCAAAGAAAUGAGAAGCAUAGAUUUUAACAAGCUAGAAGAUCAUGAACGAUGGUAUGAUAGGGACUUCAAGAUCAGGAGUAAAGAUCUGAAAUUCUGCAAUUUGUACAAUGUAUCAGCUAAGGAAAGUAAAUUCCAGUAUGAUUAUAUAAAACCAGAUGUUGAUGAUGACCCAUACUGGACAAACAAUGAGUUGUGUUUCACGAUACAAAAGAACUUGGAGGAGACCCCGGGAGACAGACAUCUGUUUAAAGACUUACAGAAUGAGUUAGAUGUAACAUCAGAUCAACUAAUGCAGCUAGAAGUUAUGCUUAGUCUUCUACCAGCAGAGAAUGACUGGAAAAUUCUGGCGGAACACAUUGGUUUGAGCAGCAGUGACAUCACUAUCAUCGAACAUUUCUGCUAUACUUAUCGUGCAUUGGCCGCACACAUUGUGCUAACACACUGGAUUUUGAGAGAUAGGCACCACUUGUUACAGCAUGGUCAACCAACUUCAAACCCACAGUGUACGUGGGACAACCUUGUGCAAUUUUUAGACGCUCACGGUCGAGAUGAUAUAACAGUUAUGCUUAGAAGUAAACAUUAUAAUGAAAACGAGCACGUAGAGGAAAGUACACAUUUCUGAAAAUAUCACAUAUUGUAGAAUGAUGAUCACUUUCAUUUCAUUAGAAUAACCAUUUUGAGGAACCGGUGUAUUUCUGAAACAAGCAUAAUUUUGUUAUUGUCAUUCCACUAUCGUGUAGUGAGAUUAGUCUAGCUUACUCAGCUCUGUUGACAGUUUUUGUUGACAUGACAUCUAUUUUUUUACCUGCAUUUAGAGUAUUAUAGCUUUGUUAGUAAUGCCUGCUGGAAAGAAUUUUAGCUUAUGUGACAUGUAGUUUUAUCAUAUUUCAGUUUUGUUGUUAAGAAAGCUCUAAGCUUUCUAAUACAUUUUUUGAAUAGAGAAAAACCGAAUUCAUAAAGAAAGCCGUACAUGGCAAAAUUGAAAAUGUUGCAGGCUCGGUUUGAUUGAACUGUAGCUGUAAUUAGAAGCUCAGUAACCCUCCACAACCCUUGCACCGACUUUAGCAGAAUUUAAAUUUUAACUUAAACUGGUAAAAUUAUAAUUUUGAAACAUCAGCAGAUGUGUUCAUACGGCGGUUAUCAUGAAACCAUCAAUGUAAUAGGUGAAUGUCAUAUUCAUUUACAAUGCCCAAAUGUUAA